GGUGGAUAUUUUGUUGUUGAUGUUAACAUGAUGAAGGAAAUUUCAGUGUAAGACAAAUGUGGAUAUUUUGUUAUUGAUGUGAACAUGAUGAAGGAAAUUUCAGUGCAAGACAAAUGUGAUUAUAUUUCUGUAGUCUGUUGACAGGUAAAGCGGAAAUUGUGAUUUUAGAAAUUUCUGAUACAUUUCCUAUGUCAUACUGAUCUCUAUCUACUUCUGUUCUGUUGUGAGCGAGAGUUAAGACACAACACAAAUACAAGCUAAGCGAAAAGAAUCUCCAAAAAAUCAAGAUGGAGAAACAUGAUGAAACAUGUGAAACAAACAACAUCGUGGAAGAAAAAACACUGUCUAUCUUGUCAGAUUCUGCAGGGAUAGAAAAAGUUGCUUCUGAAGCGACAUUUCCAGAUAUUAGCACGGAAAUCUCAUCUCUCAAUGACGAACUACCGAGGCUUCUUGAGAGUGUGCUGGCACUCCAACUAAAACUCUUGUUCAGUCACUUUGAUGGAAAUGGAGAUAGGAAGAAAUUAUUGGAGUUACUACGUCUGAAGGCCAUCGAUGAACUGUUGAAGCGUGAUGAUUCUGCCAAGCUUGUGAAAUCUCGAGGGAACAAGGAAGAUGAAGGGAAUAACUACCCAAAAGAUGCUUUUCAAAGAUUUAUGGCAGACAGAGAAGACAGUCUUCCAUUAUCCCGGAAUGAUUUGAAAAAUGCCCUAUUCGAAGACAAAGCUUUGAGCCGUAAGCAUUUUCUACCCUUUGCAGUUGAGAGCGUGCUCGAUAUUUCUCCACAACAUCAUGGGAUUUUACUAGUGUCAUGUGGAGGCCUCCUAAGUUACCUAGCAAAAAACUCUAGCACUCCAUUUGAAUUCCAGUUUGGAAAAACCACAGACACACCAGUACCGUCGCUAUUAAGCUUUGAGGAUGCAGUUUUUGCUUUCUUCCCAGAAAUGGCACAUAUUGCAAUGUUCAUGAUAUUUUAUAUUCUGACUUGGAUGCUGGUUUUGCCACUACAAUUUGGAGUGCAGAUAUUUUUGGUGUUAAUUUUGAUUUCUGCACCCGUCUUUUAUUUCCCCGAGCUGAUACGAAAGGCAACAGCUUCAGGGAUUCAUGUAGCUUGCGGCAGCUCAUUCAAGCCGUCUCUGAUUGGGUUUACUUCUAUAGGAGCUUUUGGCAUUACCCUUAUUUUUGGGUUAGUUGCAUUGCUAGUGUUUUAUUUGAUUUGGAGAUUCGUAUAUGGAAGGAGACCAACAAGAGGUAAAGAUAUUGAAGUUAGCUUGGAUGAUUUUGUGUGCUGAAGACCACAAUUUAGAAAACUUCUUUUCAUUAGACUACUAAAGUGAAGAUCUCACUUUAGUAUAGCUUGUUUUUCAUGUAUGUAUUUGUAUUAUGGAAUUUAAUGAAAGAAUAUCUCUUUUUAAA